AGAAUAUAUUUAUACUGGAUCAGUUAAAAAAGAAAAUUUAACAAAGGAUAAUAUAAUUGAAGCUUUUUCGCUGCAGAUUAUUUUCAGUUAUCAGAUCUUCAAGAUUUUAUUAUGAAAACAAUUAAGAGCACUAAUUUCGUAAAAGAUUAUUCUCCAGAGUUACUAUCUAAAGUAUUAGAAAUAUUCUCAAUUUAUUAGUUGAAACAGUAGCAAAUAUACAAUUAAACAGUAUUGAGUUUGGUAGAUUGUCCAUUACAGGACUUAAAUAUCUUUUAUCAAUUGCAUAUGAAAAUGAAACACGAUUCGCCACACAAGAGUAUGAAGUUUUUCGAUAUAGUGCUAUUCUAGCAGCAAAACAAGUCUCUGAUGAUGUAUGUAGAAAUCUUAUGGAACGGUUACCAACUUUAGAACAGAUUGAAAAUUCAAUUGAAGUAGAAAAUAAACCUCUUAUUGAUCAUCAAAAGGUUACUAAGGAACUAGAACCUUUGGUUAAAUAUAUUGAUUUCAAAAGGAUUAAGACUCAUAUAUUAGCAAAUUUCAUUGAACCAUUAGGAAUUAUUCCAACUGAAAUAGUUCGUAGUGCUUAUCGAAAUAUAGAAUUAUUAAGUAAUUUUAGUUUAAGCGAUUUUCGUGGAAAAGCUAUUAAUGAUUAUGUUUGGGAUGAAACAGCAUGUGGGUCAAAGCUCAUUAUUAAGGAUAAUGGAAAAAUUGUACAAACAAUAAAAGUUUCUAGCUAUCGCCACCAAAGUGUUAGAGCUAAGAUAACUUUAGGAAAUAGAGGCAUUUUUGAAUGGGAUGUUAUUAUUGAGAAAGCUUGUUCUUAUUCUUGGGUUGGAAUAUGUGCAUCAGAAAAUUUUAAUUAUGAAAAUCCUGCAGAAAAUCAGUCUACUGUAUGGGUAUUAGGUUCUUGCGGUUAUGUUUGUAAUUCUGGAAUUAGCAUAGAUUAUUGUUCUCCAUUUGGAGAUGGCACAAAAAUUACAGUUCAUUUAGAUAUGAAUAAGAGAACUUGCUCUUUCACGAUCAAUGGUACAAAGUAUCGAGAAGUAUCAGAAUGGAAUUUACCAUCAAAACUUCAUCCAGUAGUAGUAUUGAGAUAUCCUGGCCGCUUUCAAAUUCAGGCACAAAAAUUACAGUUCAUUUAG